CCAUCUUCAUAUAUAUUAUUAUGUCUUGGUUCUGGCUCUCUUGAUCUCUUUUGUUCUAAAAGUGUGUAACUGUGUAUUGCCUUUAAAUUUUCCUUCUUGUUCAUUGCGACACCUUCGGUAUUUGGUAAUUCGUGAAGAAAUCUGCUGCUGAUACUUAAACUGCAGUUGUGCAUCUUAAUUUGUUCAGUCUGGAUUUGAGGAUCUCAAGCAAAAUCAGAUCUCAAAAUUUCCAUUCUUAAUUAUCAACAAGUAUGGCGGUGGGAGAGAUUUUUCUUGGGGCGUUCCUUCAGUUGCUGCUCGACAGGUUGGCGCCUCGCGAGAUCCUCAACUACUUUGGUCUCGUAAAGGGCGUCGACAAAAAGCUGAAUAAAUGGAGUGACAAUUUGUCUGCAAUCGUAGCGGUGCUGAAUGAUGCGGAGGAGAAGCAACUGAUAGAGCAUGGUGUGAAAUUGUGGCUGGAUGAACUCAGAGACUUGGCUUAUGAUGUAGAUGACGUGCUGGACAAAUUUGCUACUAAAAUAUUGAAGCGCCAGAUAGAGGGACGUGAUCAAGCCAGCACAAGUAAAAAGGUGCGGAGUUCAUUCUCUAAACUGAAACUCAAUUUCGAUAUGAACUCUGAAAUAAAGAAGAUUACAGAGCGGUUGCAAGAGAUCUCUGAACGGAAAGAUAAGUUUGGUUUAAAGGGCACCGGAACGUCUAGUAAAGCAUGGUCAAGGCCACCAACUUCAGGUGUGCUAGGUGGACUAACCAUUGUUGGAAGAGAUGGAGAUAAAGCAAAAAUAUUAGACAUGUUGUCGAGAGAUGAGCAUAAUAAUGUCAACUUUCAUGUUGUUGCCAUUGUUGGCAUGGCUGGCCUUGGGAAGACUACACUUGCUCAAUUUGCAUUCAACAACAACAGUGAUGUCAUGAAGGAGUUCGAGCCGAGGGUGUGGGUGUCUGUGUCCGAUGACUUCGACAUUGUAAGAGUGACGAAGGCAAUUCUUGAAUCAGUCACAUCUCAACCCGUUAAAGUAGAGGAGUUCAGUAAAAUGCAGCAUGAUUUGAAUGAGCAGUUAAGAGGUAAAAAGUUUUUAAUUGUUUUAGAUGAUAUUUGGAACAAAGGUGAUUUAUAUGAUCUGUGGACAAGACUUCAGUCCCCUUUUAGUGUUGGAGCACAAGGAAGUAAGAUAAUUGUGACAACACGAGACCUAAAAGUUGCAAAGAUUAUGGGAGCCACCGAAGUUCAUAACUUGGAGUCUGUGUCAGAUGAUAAUUGUUUGGAAAUAUUUGAGCAGCAUGCAUUUGUGAACAAUGAUAGACCACCAAAUUUUGAGUUGCUUCAGAAAAAAAUUGCUGAAAAAUGCAGUGGAUUGCCCUUAGCUGCAAGAACUCUUGGUGGGCUUUUACGUCAGAAAGAAAUAAACGAAUGGGAAGAAAUAUUGAACAACAAAUUGUGGAAUUUAUCAGGUAAGAGUGACAUUCUUCCGGUAUUAAAGUUGAGCUAUCACUAUCUUCCUUCCAACUUGAAGAGGUGUUUUGCCUAUUGCUCAAUAUUUCCAAAUGACUAUGAAUUUGGGGAGAAGCAAUUGAUCCUUUUAUGGAUGGCAGAGGGUUUGAUUCAACAACCACCAGAAGCCAAUAGACAAAUGGAGGAUUUAGGCCACGACUAUUUUCAAGAGCUAUUAUGUAGGUCAUUAUUUCAAAAGGCAAGUGAAAACAAUUCACGAUAUGUAAUGCAUGACCUUGUUACUGAUUUGGCACAAUGGGCAGCAGGAAAUACUUGUUUUAGAUUGGAGGACAAGAAAGGUGAUAACUUGCAAUCUGUAUGCUUUCGUCAUUCGUCUUUCAUAAUUGGUCACUAUGAUGGAGUUCAAAAGUUUGAGGCCUUUCGCGAAGUUAAACGUUUGCGAACAUUCCUGCCACUUUCACUAUCAAUACUGGGUGGAUUCGAUAUCUGGCUCGUAAGGUAAUUUUUGAUUUAUUACCUCAGAUGCAAUACUUACGGGUGCUUUCUUUGAAUGGCUAUCGAGUGACUGAGCUGCCAGAUUCAAUUGGUAAUUUGAAGUAUCUGCGGUAUCUUGAUUUUUCUCACACAGAUAUAACAAGUUUGCCUGAAUCAACAACCACUCUUUUCAACUUACAGACACUGAUAUUGGAAG